AUGCUUCCUUACACAGGGACAGCAGCAAUCCUGCUGUCGUCUCUCGUCUGCUCUACAGCAGCUAAUCGGAAUUACGAAGACGAUCCAGCCUCUCGAACCCGUGGGACCGACAAUCUGGGGUCAUGGGGUCCCAUAAUAGACUUUCCUCUCAUUCCCGUAGCAGCCUACAUUGUCCCAGAAUACCCAUCACCGUCGCGAAUGAUGGUGUAUUCGGCCUUUGCUCCCAAAUUCUCUGGCUAUACACGCGGCAAAACCCAAUUCGCAGAAUUCAACCUGCUCACUGGCGAGAUUUCAGCCCGCGAAGUCGCCGAGACAAAGCACGACAUGUUUUGCCCCGGAAUGAGUGCCCUGGGCGAUGGCCGUCUUAUCAUCACUGGCGGAAGCAAUGCCGAGAAGACGACCAUAUACAUGCCCAACACGAACGAAUUUAUUUCGGCUCCAGACAUGCAAAUUGCCCGAGGCUACCAGUCCAGUACCAUCUUGUCCAAUGGCAAGGUCUUCACCAUUGGCGGAUCGUGGAGCGGACCUAUUGGUGGAAAGCCUGGAGAAAUUUAUGACCCAGAAGCGAAUACUUGGACUCUCUUACCUGGCGCUGCUGUCGAGCCAAUGGUAACAGACGAUGUUCAAGGUGUUCUUCGAUCGGACAAUCAUGCCUGGCUGUUCCCAUGGCGCGACGGCACUGUCUUCCAGGCUGGACCCAGCAAGGCGAUGCACUGGUACUAUACCGAUGGCGAAGGCGGUAUCAGUCCAGCUGGAGUCCGGGACCCGGACAACGACGCAAUGUGCGGUGUGAAUGUCAUGUACGAUGUGGGAAAAAUAUUCUCGGCAGGAGGCGCACAUAACUACGUCGGCGGUGAUGCGCUCAGCAUCGCACACUUGAUAGAAAUCAGCGACGUCGGCGCCCCAGCCAAGGUGGAAAAGGUCGCAGACAUGCAUCACCCCCGCACCUUCGCCAACAUUGUCGUGUUGCCCGACGGCAAGAUGCUAAUCACGGGUGGGCAGCGAGUGGUUGCAGGUCUCACCGACAAGGAAUCCGUCUUGAUUCCUGAACUCUUUGACCCAAAGACGAAGAUGUUUACCGAGCUGGCUCCUGCAGCUAUACCCAGGAACUACCAUUCUGUUUCCCUCCUCUUGCCCGACGGAACAGUGUUCAGUGGCGGCGGCGGCCUCUGCUUUGACGAUGGCUCAGGCAAGUCAUCGGCAAAGUGUCACGACACGGUUGACCAUCUCAACGGCCAGAUCUUCACACCGCCUUAUCUCACCACUGGCGAACCGAGACCAGUCAUUGAGAAUAUUGCUUCCGCAGAAGUUGCUCCUGGUGGUCGGCUGAUUGUGACAAUGGAGGACACCGCUGAAAAUGUUUCCUUCUCUUUGAUUAGAAUGGGAAGUGUUACGCACAGUAUCAAUACCGACCAAAGGUGCAUACCGCUUCAGGGAAAAGUUGAUGGCGCAACAGUUGUGUUGCUUAUCAUGGAUGAUUCGGGUGUUAUGAUCCCUGGGGCGUGGUAUCUCUUUGCUAUUAGUGCCAAAGGCGUACCGAGCAUCGCCAAGACCAUAUUCGUACAGCAGGUGUGA